GCCCCCGUGGGAGAAAACCGCGAGUUCGCCGCUUUAAAGAUGGCGGCCGGCCCCGUGAGGAAGCGUCCCCACACGGAGGGAGGCUCUGCGGACGGAGAGGGGUCUGAUCCCCGCCGCGCCGGGAAGAGGCGGCUGGUGGUGAUCCUGGAGGGGGCGUCGCUGGAGAGCGUCAAGGUUGGGAAAACAUAUGAAUUGCUUAAUUGUGACAAGCAUAAAUCCUUGCUUCUGAGGAAUGGCAGAGACCCUGGAAGAGUUCGACCAGAUAUCACCCACCAGAGCCUCUUGAUGCUCAUGGAUAGUCCUUUAAACCGAGCUGGCCUUCUCCAAGUAUACAUCCAUACAGAAAAAAACGUUCUUAUUGAAGUCAAUCCACAGACAAGAAUUCCUCGCACCUUUGAUCGUUUUUGUGGUCUCAUGGUUCAGCUGCUGCAUAAGUUUAGUGUCAGAGCUGCUGAUGGCCCUCAAAAGCUGUUAAAGGUGAUCAAGAACCCAGUGACAGAUCACCUCCCUGUGGGCUGCACAAAAUUAGGCACCUCUUUCUCAGCCCUUCAAGUGGCAGACAUGCGCGACUUAGUCCCUACUGCAGAUCCUAUAGCCAUAAUUGUGGGGGCGUUUGCUCAUGGAUCGCUUAAUGUUGACUACACAGAAAAGACCAUAUCUAUCAGCAACUAUCCACUCUCUGCUGCUUUGACUUGUGCUAAAAUCACCACAGCUUUUGAAGAAAUGUGGGGAGUUAUAUAAGCCUUCUGUUUUGUUUAUGGAUUUGCAGCCUAUAUUUUGAUCUAACAGGACUCUCUAUAUUGUAAAUGUUAUGUACUGUACCCUUAUUUAUGGGAAAUACAUCCUUACUUUUUUGUAGUAAAUAAAGAUUUUGUGUAUAUA